UUGUGGCGGGGCUUUCCUGUGACUCACAGGAAGUAGAAACGCUGAUGGACUUCCUGUCAGACACAUUUUUUAUCUUUCAUUAACUGACUUCGUUAGUUUAAACUGAGUCACACUGUUUCUAUGAUUCAUCUCAUGAUGCUUUUAUUUUGAAGUGAUAUUCAUGUCACAAUGCUUUUAUUUUGAAGUGAUGACUGACAUGUGUUCUCUGAUUGGUCGUCAGACACGAUGCAUGCGUCGCCGACCGACUCGCCUCCGGCGGCGACCAACGUGAGCGUGGCGGCGUGUGCGCUGCCGCUGGCGGAGGGCGCCGUGCCGCUGCUGGUGCUGUACGGCGGCGUGCUGGCGGUCGGCGUGCCGGCCAACCUGCUGACGCUCUGGCUCACCUGGCUGCAGCUGCGGCGCAACAACGUGCUGGCCGUGUACCUGUGGAGCCUGUCGCUGUGUGACCUCACCUACCUGAGCACGCUGCCGCUGUGGGCGUGCUACGUGGCCGGCGGCCACUUGUGGCCGUGGAGCUCGGCGGCGUGCAAGCUGACGGGCUUCGUGUUCUUCACCAACAUGUACGCCAGCAUCUUCCUGCUGUGCUGCGUCUCCGCCGACCGAUAUGUGGCUGUCGUCUACAGCGUCGAGUCCCGCGGUCUCCGCCGCCAGCGCCUCGCCGCCCUCAUCGCCCUCGCCGUCGUGGCCGUGGUCGCCGUCGGCCACAUCCCCGUGUUCACCAUGAGGGAGGGCGACGCCGCCGAGGGCGCCCGGCGCUGCUUCGAGCCGAGUCAGAGCAGCGCGGCGGUGACGGGCUUCAGCUACGCGCGGUUCGCCGUCGGCUUCCUGCUGCCGCUGCUGCUGUUGGUGGCGGCGAACCGCGGCGUGCUGCGGAACGUGCAGCGCAGCACGGGGCUGCGGACGGAGCAGAAGGAGCGCGUGCGGCGGCUGGCGGUGGCGGUGGUGGCGCUGUUCUUGGUCUGCUUUGCCCCGUACCACGUGGUCCUGCUGGUCCGGGCCGUGGCCUUCCACUUCCUGCCGGAGGACGCCGCCGCCGCCUGCCGCCUGGCGACCACCAUGUACACGCCCUACACCGUGUCCCUCGGCCUGUCCACCAUUAACAGCGCCGCCAACCCCAUCCUCUACGUCCUGUCCAGCGACAACAUCCGCAAAGACCUGAGCCGCGGUCUGGUCCAGGUCUGCCGCCGCGCACGCCGCCGACCACGACCCGACAAGAUCCAGCCCACCAGGAACUCCUCAGACCUGAACGUGGUCACAGAGACCGGGAGAUGCCAGGGACCUGAACCACCAGACCUGACCCACCAGGGACCUGAACCACCAGGGACCUAAACCACCAGGGACCUGAACCACCAGAGACCUGAACCACCAGGGACCUGAACCACCAGGGACGAUGGUCUUCAUUGGACUGCUGGACUCUGAUUAACUGAGCUUGUCUCUGCUGGAUUUAACUGGACUCUGGUGUUCUCUACUUGACUCUGCUGUUCUCUACUGGACUCUGGUGUUCUCUGAUGAACUCUCUUGGACUCUGGCGGACUCUACUGGACUCCAAUGAACUCUGGUGGAGUCCACUAGGACUUGGAGCAGCCAGCCUGGGUGGAAAAAUAGCUGGAAUUAUUUUCCAUAAAAGCCCAAAUGUGGAGCCUCUGACACAUUCUAAUGCCUCUAUUCCAUCAUAUACAGUCUAUGGUUCCAUCAUAUACAGUCUAUGGUUCCACCAUAUACAGUCUAUGGUUCCAUCAUAUACAGUCUAUGGUUCCACCAUAUACAGUCUAUGGUUCCACCAUA